UUUUUGUUUACAUUCGCAAGUGGUGCAGUGUGAUGUAAGGGAAAUGUUUCACGACGAAUGUGGUGCAACUUGUAAACAAGUUUGCUGGUUCGAAUUGACAGUUGACUGUAAACUGUUACAGACAGAACGACAGAUAUUUGACUGAUUGACAGAAAUGGAAACAUUGACUUACCCUAAUAAACUGAUCGACACAAUUAUGCUAAGUAACAACCUCAACAAUCCUGUAAAAAACAUGACAUCAAUCGCAUCCAACAUGGCCGCCAACAAUACUCACCACCCAACUAAUUAAAAAAACUCACCUCACCACCCUCCGUAAGCCGGCUACUGCGACGAGCUGUCAAACUCCGUUUUGUUGUUGUUUACCUCAGUCUCUUCGCAAGCGAAGAGAAGACGCCUGCUUCGGUUCGUUUCGUUCCGGAUUUCAACCCGCGAUGGCCACCUCCACGUUGACGCCGGCGGUGGACCUGCUGCACCAGGCGCUCCAGUCGAACAUCAUUCCGAACCAGGAGUUUCUGCUGCAGGGCUCGAUCCUGGACUCGGCGGCCGAGCAUUUGCUGCACCGGUUGCGAGGACUUUGUGACAAUGUGGACACCGGACCGGAAACGUUCUCCGACUAUGAGAUGUGUCUAAGUUUGAAGGUUCCGAAUGAAAAGGCCCCCGUGAUGACCCUCCGCGUCCGCAAAGCCCAAGACGUGGACGCUCCCUACCAGCUUCGGUACAUCGGCCAACCCGAACUCGGUGACCGCACCCGUCCCACUCUGGUCCGCAGCAGCCUGGACAUUGCCUGUUCGCCCCACGUGGUCGACUUCCUCACCGAGAUGGGCUUCCGGGUGGACUUUGAGUACAUCACCAAGGGUUACAUGUUCCGGAAGGGCCGCAUGAAGGUCACCGUGUCGAAGAUCUUCAAGGUCAACAGUGCGGAGCCGAUUUCGCAAAGUUAUUUGGUGGAACUGUCGGUGCUCGCUCCGACCGGACAGGACGCGAUCGCCGAGGACAUGAGAAUCUUUGCGGAACAGCUCAAACCGCUCGUGCAGUUGGAGAAGAUCGACUACAAACGGUUUGCCCAAAUGCCCUAAGCAAUCGCGAGACACAAUAAAUUAAGCAAAUAUACUAAAAAUAAUUAAAAAUUGCCUAAUCGGAA